ACAACUAAGCCCGAACUCGAACACUCAACUCACUCUCCAACUCACUUUUCCCUUAAAACAAUGCACAAAUCCACUAAAUAGUGCUUGCCUCCGCUCCCCUUGAUGCGUAUAUAUAUAUAUAUACAUACAUAAUUUAUUAUAUAUAUAUAUACACACAUAUAUUUCUUCAAGACCAUGCUAUUUCAUCGAAACCUCAAACCUUCCCCUUCCCCUAUACCUUUCUUGUUCGAAAUCCAAGGAAGAACAACCCAACCCCACGUAAUUUUUCCACAUUCCAAUCAAAACCCAUCUCUGAAUUUCCCCCAAAAUCCCUUUUGUUUCACCUUCGACCUCAGAUCCAUAGGGCGUAAGAGAAACAGGGCGUGGCUAUGGCGGGUCAGGUGGUGAGAGUGAAGAGGGAGAUAUUGGAAGCAUGCAUGACGUGCCCUCUCUGUAAGAAGCUAUUGAAGGAAGCUACUACUAUAUCUCUUUGUCUUCACACGUUUUGCAGGAAAUGCAUUUAUGAGAAGCUCUCAGAUGAGGAGGUUGAUUGUUGUCCUGUAUGCAACAUUGAUCUGGGCUGUCUUCCUGUGGAGAAACUGAGGCCAGACCACAAUUUACAAGAUAUCAGAGCCAAAAUAUUUCCUCUCAAGAGGAGAAAGAUAACCGCACCCGAAGUGUCGCCCUUGGCUACGUUACCCGUGAAAAGGAAGGAGCGAUCGCUAUCUUCGUUGGUGGUAAACACUCCCAAAGUACCAAUGCAGAGUAGUGGCUUGACUGGAAGACGAUCCAAGAAUGUUGCAAGAAAGGCUUCGACUUUACGAGGAUGUAGUGUCGGGAUCGAGGAACCGCUAAAGAAAGAAGAAGAUUCAGGAGAAGAACAUACACCAAGUUCCAGCUCUUCUGAUUAUUUGACUAAAAACGUUCGGCACAGAAGGCCCGACUCAUCUUUCGCCGAGCCAUCUAACAGUACAAGACACGAGGAUCUUACAGUAGAAGGAAAAGCCGAUCUAUGGACACCCUUGAAUUGUUUGGUCGAAGCUGCUAACCGAACGAAGUCAACCAAGCUAAAUUUCCAAGACCCGUCAAUGGCCAAACUCGAACCAUCAAUCGUUGCUGAUGCUGAUCUCAAUGCACAAGAAACCAACGCAAAACCACUGUCACUUGGAGCUCCAAAUUACGGACCGUGUAUGCCGAAAACAAGAAAUAAAGAGCACGGAAGUCACCUAAAGGCAAAGGAUAACCAUAAUAAUGGGACGACAUCACUCCCAGAAUCCAUGAAACGUCGAAGGUUACGAGCAGUAGCUCGUAACAAGGCAGCUGCGUCUGUCGAGCUAGGCUCCACAGCACAAGCUGUGCUCGAUGCGUCGGCAGAUAAAUGUAGAAGAAAUAAUUCGAUUUGGUUUACAUUAAUCGCUUCAGAAGACAGGAAAGGAGGCUUUCCGUUGCCUCAAAUAUCAACUUCUUACUUGAGAAUAAAAGAUGGGAAAAUGCCUGUUUCUUCAAUCCAAAAGUACCUUGUAAAGAAACUAGAUCUUGAGAGUGAAGCUGAGGUGGAAAUAUCGUGUCGGGGUCAGCCGGUGCUACCAACGCAGCAGCUACAAAACUUGGUCGACUUGUGGUUUCGAACAGCGUCCACGGCUAAGAAAAUUCCAGCAUCUGUUGGCUCGUCUGCUAAGGACUUUGUUAUGGUCCUCUCGUACUGUCGGAAAGUUCAUACCCCUUAACAAGGUUCUUGAUCUUGUUCUUGGUUCUGUAUGUCGUUUACGUCUUGGCGUAAUGUUUUAUGAGCAUUGCAUUCUGAAUCCGAAGCCUUCGGGUUCGUCGUAUUUACGUGAACUUGCUGAGGAUUUUUAUAUAUAUCUGAAUUCUUUGAUUGUUUUA